UUAGGAACUUAACAUAAGGUAUCCUAUGUGUGAUAUCGGAAUUAUAAGAGUGUAAGCCAGGUCUACCCAGUAAGGCACUUGUAAAAGCAGGCCCAUGUGGUGCACUGAAAAACCGGGCGACAUACUAGCACUUUAGAAAACAUUUUAACUGAAUACAUUUCACAGCUGAAUGUUAUAGCAGACCUUUCCAGUAUGCUGAUAGAAGCAUUAGAAGGGGAUGUUACAGUCGUCUACUGUAAUGCCAUUGCUGCCUCAGUGCAGAUCGAGGUGGAACCUGUUGGUCGGUGGUUCGAGGCCUUUCUGAAGAGGAGGAACAGGAAUGUAUCGGCCUCCUUCCAGGAGCUUGAGGAAGAGGAGGAGCUGUCUGAGGAAUCUGAGGAUGAAGAGCUGCAGCUGGAGGAUUUCCCCUUGCUAAGAACACUGGACCCCAAAGACUGGAAGAAUCAAGAUCACUAUGCUGUCCUUGGACUGGCUCAUAUGAGGUACAAGGCGACACAGAAACAAAUCAAAGCUGCCCACAAGGCAAUGGUGUUGAAGCAUCACCCUGACAAAAGGAAAGCUGCGGGAGAGCAGAUUGUAGAAGGAGACGGUGACUACUUCACCUGCAUAACUAAAGCUAUAGAAAUUCUGUCAGAUCCUGUGAAGCGAAGAGCAUUUGACAGUGUAGAUCCUACCUUUGACAACGCUGUGCCCUCAAAGGGCGAAGGCAAAGAUAACUUCUUUGAGGCGUAUGCUCCCGUUUUUGAGAGAAAUGCCCGGUGGUCUUCCAAAAAACACGUGCCCAAACUUGGCACUAUGGAUUCCUCUUUUGAGGAUGUGGAUAAUUUUUAUUCUGUUUGGUACAACUUUGACUCAUGGAGAGAGUUUUCUUAUUUGGAUGAAGAGGAAAAGGACAAGGCAGAAUGUCGUGAUGAGAGGAGAUGGAUUGAAAAGCAGAAUCGUGCAGCCAGAGCCACCAGGAAGAAGGAAGAGAUGAAUAGACUACGGACACUUGUUGACACGGCCUACAGCCUUGAUCCCAGGAUAAAGAAAUUCAAAGAUGAUGAGAAGGCCAGAAAGGAGAAUGAGAAGAAGGCCAAAGCAGACGCCAAGAGGAAAGAGCAGGAGGAGAAGGAGCGGGCUCGGCAGGCAGAGCUGGAUGCUGCACGGCUGGUCAAAGAGAAGGAGGAAGAGGAGGCCAAACUGGUUGCCCAGCAGGCCAAGAAGGAGAAGGAGAUCCAAAAGAAGGCCAUCAAGAAAGAGAGGCAGAAACUGAGGACAACUUGCAAGAACUGGAAUUACUUUGGUGACAAUGAAUCUGAUAGUGUGAAAAUGAUGGAAGAUGUGGAGAAACUUUGUGACCGUUUGGAGCUUGUGAGUCUGCAAUCCCUGAACGAAGGAUUGGCAUCGGGUUCAAAGGAGGAGGGCAAGGUAGCGUUGGAGAAGCAGGUGCAGGAGGUGAAUGCCCAGCUGCAAAAGGAGAAGGAUGCGGAGGUGCAGGCCAGGCAAGCUGUUCGCACUGCCGUACAGGCCAGCGGAGGAGGCGGGGGCGGAGGAAAGGGCUGGAAUGAGGAAGAGCUCCCGCUGCUCAUCAAAGCAGUCAACCUGUUCCCUGCUGGAACCAACGCCAGAUGGGAAGUCAUUGCCAACUACAUGAACUUGCACUCCACCAGUGGCAUCAAAAGGACAGCCAAAGAUGUCAUCAACAAAGCCAAGAACUUACAAAAGCUUGAACCCGGGCAGAAAGAUGAGAUUAACAAGAAGGCCUUUGAGAAGUUUAACAAAGAGCAUGCAGCCGUGCCCCAGACAGUGGACAAUGCAGUGCCCUCUGAGAGAUUUGAUGGUGCUGAAGCCAACACUGCAUCCUGGACCACUGAGGAGCAGAAGCUGCUAGAGCAGGCCUUGAAGACUUACCCCGUCAGCACCCCAGAGAGGUGGGAGAAGAUCGCUGCAGCUGUGCCUGGACGUACCAAGAAGGACUGUAUGAAGAGAUAUAAGGAACUGGUGGAGAUGGUCAAAGCCAAGAAGGCCGCCCAGGAACAAGUUGGCAGUAAAAGCAAAAAAUGACAAGACAAGCAGCCCUAUGUCCUUUUAACGUUAUUGUGUUGGUCUUUAUUUUAUAAUAAAAUGUAAAGAAACCACAACUUAAACUCUGUAAAAGUUGAUGUUUAUAUACUGUACAGUUGACUGCUCGCUGUUAUUAACUCUAAGUAUCUAAAGAGAGCGCCAAUUCUCAGGUUCUCAUCCAGUACAUCCCACUGCGAAUUCGGUUGUAGUCUGGGAGCUGCUCAAUUGGUCCUGAAACAAGAGGGAAAUGUACUGAAUGCUCUUUAUACCACACCACUUUUGUAAGUAGUCAACCUUCAACAGUUCAAUUCCACUGUUCUGACCUAGCAGCACAGCAGACUAGGUAAGGUCUUGACUGAGUGCAAUAUUGUAUGUAUUGUUUUGGCAACAAAUGAAGUGUGUAUAUUUGUAGCUGAAAUUGCAUAACUUUGUUUGACAACCCCUGAUGGCCUUAAUUUGGAAGGGGGGGAAAUGCCAGUACACAGAAUGAAUUAGAAUCUGUUCUGGAUGUCAAUAAGAAUAGAAAUCACAACGUACCGACUGCUGCGAUGGCAGGCGAUUUGUCAUAGAUGUAUUUUGUACACACGUCCUUGAUGGUCUUUGCAUCUAUGGCCUUUGAGGGACAUAAAAUAUUUCAAAUAAAGACACUGCAAUUUCCCAA